AAGAAAAUUGAGAAGCAUAUAAAGGAAAGGAAAAGACAUGAAAGAAGGGAAGUAGCAGUGAAUAUAAGAAGUGAGAUUGAUCUGGAAUCUGGAUUGCAUGGAAAGAAUGGGAAAAGGAGGGUCUCUGAGCGACGGGGUGGUGAAGAAGAUCGUGUUGUCGUACACGUACGUGGCGAUAUGGAUCUUCCUGAGCUUCACGGUGAUCGUGUACAACAAGUACAUCCUGGACAAGAAGAUGUACAACUGGCCCUUCCCCAUCUCCCUCACAAUGAUCCACAUGUCGUUCUGCGCCUCUCUGGCGGUGCUCCUGGUGCGCGUCCUCCGCCUGGUGGAGCCGGUGGCCAUGUCCAGGGAGGUGUACCUCUCCUCGGUGCUCCCCAUCGGCGCCCUCUACUCCCUCUCCCUCUGGCUCUCCAACUCCGCCUACAUCUACCUCUCCGUCUCCUUCAUCCAGAUGCUCAAAGCCCUCAUGCCCGUCGCCGUCUACUCCAUCGCGGUGCUCCUCAAGAAGGACCCCUACAACAACUCCACCAUGGUGAACAUGCUCUCCAUCUCGCUCGGGGUGGCCGUCGCCGCCUACGGGGAGGCCCGCUUCGACGCCUGGGGCGUCCUCCUCCAGCUGGGCGCCGUCGCCUUCGAGGCCACCCGCCUCGUCAUGAUCCAGAUCCUCCUCACCUCCAAGGGGAUCUCCCUCAACCCC